AAAGUAAUGAAGAUGAAUGGGAGAAAGUUGAUGCGUCAGAAGCUGCCAGCACCCAAGUGACACCUGCAGAAAAGCCCGAGAAAGUAGCGGGCACUGAAGAGGAGUGAAGAAUGGGAGAGUUGGGACUGAGCACACUGGAGAGUAGAAGGUCCUUGGAACACUGGUUGAUAACUCUUCCCGAUCACGUUUAGCAGCGGCGACACAACGUUGCUGGAGGGAUUUGUACAUUGAUAUCUGAACUGUAGAAGUCAGGAUUUGCAGACAAGUAAUAUAUACCCAAUGGGAUUAGCUUCCCCCUCCCUUCCUCGCUCCCUCAUAUGGUCUUAGUUGUUAAUUCCUUUUACUUAUUUUCUAUCUUAAUAUACAAAGAGAAACACUAGAAGAUAGAGGAAGAACUUUUUGAUAGAAGUCCUAUAUCACAGACAUUGCCUUCCAGAACUUUCCUUCUUAUAUCAUCAUAUCGUAUGGUUUUUAUCAUCACUCUUUUUAUCACUUGUAAUUCGUAUCUCCAUCCAGACAUUUUGGCUGAGUAAUUUAGCUUCACAACUACAGUAGCUCCCCAUGAACUUGCAUCACAAUCAAGGAGAGAUGCUGGCACCAUUCCCUGCUUGGGAUCUCUUCCCUUCCCCUCACUCCGUUAGUCGAGUAAAGUUUCAGUGGGUAUCUAGAGAGGUCUUUUGCAUGAAGGAAAACUUUAUAUAUUAGUCAAAACUACUGGUGUGUGGUGCUUAUGAAUCCGAUUGUAUCAUUGCCACGGAUGUUACUUAUACGUGAUAUUUUUAUUUGUAUUUUUUAAGAAUUAUUAUUAUUGUGUUUUUUUAUGCUAUAAUGUUAACCUCCUUGAGAUAAUGUGUGCAAUUGAUGAGGUGAUGGCAUUCACAUUUAUAUAUUUUGAGUUUUAUUAAAGAGAUCUUGAGUCACUUACAAAGCAUGUGAUUGUAAUAUGAACAAAGUCUAAUGUGUGUGAGUGUAUAUAUACCAUUUAUAUAGAUAUAUAUUCUUGUGGAGUUGUUAUGGAAUGCAUAAUAUAAUUUUUUUAUUUUCUCUAUUUGGCUGCUCACCAAAGGGGGUUUGCUGUAAAGACAAUAGUAGAAGUAAUAUUAAUCAUUAAAUAUAUUGUUAUAAACAAUCAUGUUUUGAAGGCAUAGUGUAAAAGCCAAAGCUUUUGAGUGGGAUUUUUAUUUUACCUUGGUGAAAGAAAAGCCUAGUGGAGUUUGCCUCCAGGAAACCCUCUUGGUUGAGAAGGAACAUGAAUGAGGUCUUACUAUAAUGCAUGAAGUAAAAGUGUACCAGAUUUUCAUAUUUAGAUUUUUAUGUCUAUGCUAUAAGCAGUCUACAGAUGGGGAUUGUCUUGCAGUGUAAGAAAUUGGAGAGCAAGAUCGUUUUGUGGGAUGUUAAAAAGUUAGCCUGAAAAAGAGGAGACAGUGUUUUUUAUAUAUAUGUCUGUGAUCCUUUCAGGUUUGAAAUAAAAGAUGAGAAUAAU